AUGGCCCCAGAUAGGUAUAGUAAGAAAUACCAAUUACGUACAACGCCCCCUCCUCGCUCAUCUGUAGUUUGUCGAAAAACUAGGAGAGGUUGCGAUCCUGAUCCCACCUUAAAUGGGUAUAAGCUCAAGCUUUCUCUCAAUGGUGCACAGACCGCAAAAAUUACAGAGAACUUUCAAUGCAACAAUAUUCCAGAAGAUUUCUCUUUCAAUGUACAUACGAAGCCGGAUGGAACCGUUGAAUUCAGUUCCAAUGGCCUGAUCACACUAAACGAUUAUGAAAGACGAGCAAAGGGCCGCGCUUACUACAACUUGCCCAUCCAAUUCAAGAACUCCUCAAAAGCUAGUGUCAUUUCCUUUUCUACUACUUUCAUCUUUGCAACUGAACCCGAGUAUCAGAUAUGCAGCAUCCACGGACUAGCGUUUGUUAUUUCACCAACCGAAGAGAUUCUUCCCGGAGCCCUUCCCGGCCAUUCUCUAGGGCUCUUCAGUGGUACAAACAACGAGAAUAGUUCAAAUCAUAUACUUGCAGUCGAGCUCGACACCAUCUAUAACUCUGAGUCUGACGACAUAAACGACCACCAGGUUGGCAUCGACAUUAACGGCCUGAAUUCAAUCCAAUCUAAUCCUGCAGGCUAUUUCCCAGAUCAAAAUGGUGAUUUCAGGGAUCUAAGUCUCACAAGUGGCGACCCAAUGCAGGUUUGGGUGGAAUAUGAUGGCAUCAACAGACAACUUGACGUUACCAUGUCACCCAUUAACAUAUCCAAGCCUGCACGCCCACUCUUAUCCUUGACAAGGGACAUUUCACCAUUCCUGCUAGAGUAUAUGUAUGUGGGGUUUUCAUCCUCCACAAGCUCAGUUAGCGCAAAUCAUUACAUCCUAGGUUGGAGUUUCAAGAUGAAUGGUCAAGCCCAACAAAUCGACGCUUCUCGCCCUCCAAAGCUCCUCCGAAGUCAACAAGGGAGAGAUGAUAAACAAAUCAAGUGGUUUUUGGCAAUUAUAAUGCCACCAGUUGCAUUUCUUCUACUCCUAGUCCUGAUCUUUGGUUUUCUUUUCACCAAAAGUAUGAAGAAAUUCAUGGAAGUCCUCGAGGAUUGGGAGGUCCAGUAUGGCCCUCACAGAUUUCGUUACAAGGAUCUAUUCAUUGCUACAAAGGGUUUCAAGGAGCUCCUUGGGCGAGGAGGUUUUGGUGGAGUAUACCGAGGUGUGCUUCCAACACCAAACAUACAGGUUGCAGUUAAAAGGGUUGCUCAUGAUUCAAGGCAAGGAUUGAGGGAAUUUGUCAAGUCCCGCGAUUUCGGAGAAGCCUCAAAUGAGCAGGAUGUGGAACUACCAACUUCAGUUACUUCAUUGACGAUCUCAGAGCCAUUCACCUCUACAGGCCGUUGAAUUACUUGUUCAUCUAUGACUGCUAGCUUUUUCAACAGAAUCUUUGUUUUAAGUUCCUAUAUAUCUUCUAGUUAUUUUGCCAUGUAAUCUUAAGGAUGUCUCUCUUCAAAUACUACAUGUCUGUAACAGGGUCUUGAAACGCAGUAUUAGCCAUUGUAAUGGAUGCGAGGUCAUCUGUUAUGUGCAACAGAUAUCGGGUGUAUUGACUGAUACGUUAGGGCAUUGGAUGUCGUCGCGACCUUGAAUCUGUUUCUGGUACUAGCAAAUGUAAUAAAC